UGUUUAAUAGACAAAAAUAAUAAUAAUAAUAUCAAUUAAAUAAGGAGGAAUAUUUAUCGUAUAAAAGCAUAAAUUUUAUAAAAUUUGAAGCAAAAGUGCCGCAGCUACAAGCGUAUACGUCGUUUUACCGUGUAAUAGCAAUUGGUGUAUAAGAAAAUAAAAAAAAAAACAUCUUACCAAUGUCUUCAAGCGAUGUAAAAUUGUCGCGUUUAUUAUUACUCGCUCAUAAAUUUAAUAAUUUUUACUUAAAUGGCUUCCAAAAGGGUGACAUACGUCCCUUUCUAGUCGAAGGCCAGCAGGUCGGUCUAAUUAAAUCGGAUGUGAUUAAACAAUUAAAUAAAUAUCCAGAAGUUUUUUGUAUACGAGAUUGUGAAUAUACUAAGCAGGGUAUCGUUGAACUAAAUCCUGCCUUUCGUGAUUAUUCGGAACGCACCGAAAAACUUGAUAAGGUAUUACGCGAAUUAAGAUCUAAGGGUUUAUUUUCAGCUUUACAAGGCUGGAGAGAAGAGUAUUAUGAAGUUAAAGCUGAGCACAAGAGUUUGCUGAAAAUGGAUCGUUCAGCCACGCCUUUGUUCGGAGUACGCAAAUAUGGUGUCGAUAUCAAUGGCUAUGUACGACAUCCUACUCAUGGUUUGUGCAUUUGGCUGCAACAACGCUCGAACACUAAAGAAACCUGGCCUGGAAAAUGGGAUAAUAUGGUAGGUGGUGGUUUGUCGGUAGGCUAUGGCAUUAAAGAGACAGCUGAGAAAGAAGCCGCCGAAGAGGCUUCGAUUCCCGGAGAUCUUGUUAAAAAUUUAGUAUCAGCGGGUUGUGUAUCAUUUUUUUUUGAAAGUGAACAAGGCUUAUUUCCUAACACUGAAUAUGUAUUCGAUUUGGAACUACCUUUGGAUUUUGUCCCACAUAAUGCCGACGGUGAAGUUCAGGCUUUUGAACUUCUACCAGCCAAUGAGUGUAUAGAACGUGUAUUCACGGCUGACUUUAAAACUACCAGCUGUCCCGUGGUUAUAGACUUUUUAAUUAGACAUGGUUUUAUAACUCCAGAAAAUGAAUUUUGGUUUACACAAUUAGUUGAAUUGUUGCAUGUGCCCUUACAAUCUCUAUAUACGUACAAACAACGUUUGGAAGAAAGUAGAAAGCAUCACCAACAGCAGCAACAAACCGAAUUAAUUUUGAUUAAUAAAUCCUUAGAAAAUGGUCAUGCUAUUAAUAAAACCAUAACAAAGACUAACUAAAUUUGCUGAAAGUCUGUCAUCACAUUAAAGAAAGGAAAAACAAUAAGAACCACAAUAACAACGACAACAUAAUGCAGAUAUUAUGUAUUCUGAACCAUAAAGACUGCGUUACAUUUUUUCGCGUUCAAUCUUUUAUUUACAUAUUACAUCUCUGGAAGAGUUUGAAUGCAACGUAUAAAUUAAAAUAAACAUAUAUAUAUAAAUAAAUGAAUCCGUAACACUAAUACACAGACACACACG